UGGGCAGAAGAGUCUUUGGCGGUGUUCACAGCAGGGAAGGAGAGGAAUCACACACAGACUGCUGAGCUGUGUCAGUGACUAUCAUCUGUUCUACACGAUGAGUAACAGCCACCCUCUUCGCCCCUUUACUGCAGUGGGGGAAAUCGACCAUGUGCACAUUCUGUCUGAGCACAUUGGUGCCUUGUUGAUUGGUGAAGAAUAUGGCGAUGUCACAUUUGUUGUGGAAAAGAAGCGGUUUCCUGCCCACAGGGUAAUUUUAGCAGCUAGGUGCCAAUAUUUUAGAGCAUUACUGUAUGGCGGGAUGCGAGAGUCUCAGCCUGAAGCAGAAAUCCCCCUCCAGGACACCACCGCAGAAGCAUUCACAAUGCUGCUCAAAUACAUCUACACUGGGCGGGCGACACUGACAGAUGAGAAGGAGGAGGUGCUGCUGGAUUUUUUGAGCCUGGCUCAUAAAUAUGGAUUUCCAGAGCUAGAGGAUUCUACUUCUGAGUAUCUCUGCACCAUCCUUAACAUCCAGAAUGUCUGUAUGACUUUUGAUGUUGCCAGUCUCUACUCACUGCCCAAGUUAACUUGUAUGUGCUGCAUGUUCAUGGACAGGAAUGCUCAGGAGGUGCUUGCCAGUGAAGGCUUCCUCUCCCUUUCCAAGACGGCACUUCUGAACAUCGUUUUAAGAGAUUCGUUUGCUGCUCCUGAGAAAGAUAUUUUCUUAGCCUUGUUAAACUGGUGUAAGCACAAUGCAAAGGAGAACCAUGCUGAAAUCAUGCAGGCUGUGCGUUUACCUCUGAUGAGCCUCACUGAGCUUCUGAAUGUCGUGAGACCUUCAGGGUUGUUGUCUCCAGACGCUAUUCUAGAUGCCAUUAAAGUGCGUUCAGAGAGCCGGGAUAUGGACCUUAACUACAGAGGCAUGCUCAUACCAGAAGAAAACAUCGCAACUAUGAAGUACGGAGCCCAGGUUGUGAAAGGAGAGCUGAAGUCAGCCUUGUUGGAUGGUGACACUCAAAAUUAUGACUUGGAUCAUGGAUUUUCCAGACAUCCCAUCGAUGAUGACUGCCGCUCUGGCAUUGAAAUCAAGCUUGGCCAGCCAUCCAUUAUCAACCACAUACGCCUCCUCCUGUGGGACCGUGACAGCCGGUCUUAUUCCUACUUUAUUGAAGUGUCCAUGGAUGAACUUGACUGGAUCAGAGUCAUAGAUCACUCGCAUUACCUGUGUCGGUCUUGGCAGAAGUUGUAUUUUCCAGCUCGCGUCUGCAGGUAUAUCCGAAUAGUUGGGACUCACAACACAGUGAACAAGAUUUUCCACAUUGUGGCUUUUGAAUGUAUGUUUACAAACAAAACCUUUACUCUGGAAAAGGGCCUAAUAGUUCCCAUGGAGAAUGUUGCAACGAUUGCUGAUUGUGCCAGUGUUAUUGAAGGAGUCAGUCGGAGCCGAAAUGCCUUGCUGAAUGGGGACACUAAGAAUUAUGACUGGGAUUCUGGCUACACGUGUCAUCAGCUGGGAAGUGGUGCAAUUGUGGUUCAGCUGGCACAGCCAUACAUGAUUGGGUCGAUACGGUUAUUACUCUGGGACUGUGACGAUCGAAGCUACAGUUACUACGUUGAGGUUUCCACCAAUCAGCAGCAGUGGACCAUGGUGGCUGACAGAACAAAAGUGUCCUGCAAGUCCUGGCAAUCAGUCACUUUUGAAAGACAGCCUGCCUCCUUCAUCCGAAUCGUUGGAACACACAACACAGCAAAUGAGGUGUUCCACUGUGUCCACUUUGAGUGUCCAGAGCAGCAGAGCAGCCAGAAAGAAGAGAGCAGUGAGGAACCGGGGACAGGGGACCCCAAUACCCCCAGUCAGCAGCUCGACCCUCAUGCACUGCGAGCACCCAGCGCCAGCUCACUGCCCCCGAGUCCGGGCCCCAACUCGCGCUCACCCAACCAACAGUACCAAUAAAGAAGGCAGAGGACGCGGUGUGACUUGGGUGGGCAGCAGUGUGCCCUCCAGGCAGGCCCUGUGUGCAGCACCCUCCCCCAUCUCUGGGAGGAGCAGACCCGGCUGCAAAAGCCACCCCAACCAGGCUUUUCCCCCAGGGGACAGAAGGGCACCCAUGUUCUCCCCACUCUUCAGGUAGUCUUCAGGGGGAGGAAAUGGGUCUCGAUUCUCCAAGUCCACCGUCAAUUCCUACCUCUCAUGUCACCAAGGUACCAGUGCAGAAGGAAUCUAGAGACAAGCCAAGCUCAGUACAAGAAGGAACCCUAGGCCUUGACAACCAGAAAAGGGCCCAUGCCCAAGUGUCCCCACUGUGGCGCCCAUUGCCUCUGCAUUGCUACUUGGUGAUUUACAGUCAUGUAGUUUGUCCUCAGCUGCUGCGUCAUGGCUGCUGCAGCCUUGUGGAACUGCUCUGGCCCUCUGCAGCUGCAAGGGUCCUCAGUCUCCAGUGCCUGCACAUGGGCAGAGCAGAAGCUGCCCCUCCUAAAUGACACCAGAUGCGGCUCAUCAUGACACUUAGCCUGACCAGGAAAAUCCUCGAAGUUCAACCAGACACACAAUGUGCAAACCAAUCUUUGGACACUAGAGUUAAUAAUUGAUCAAAUUGCCAGCCUGGGAGGCAGCCUGGAAGCAGUGGCCGUGCCAGCUGCUGGAGGACCGCUCAGAAACCUGAAGACAGACGCUGCCCAGUCCUAGGCUGACUCUGCGGGCCUCGUGGCUCGGCUGCGCUUGUUCAGCCAACAGAUGGGGUGUCAGGAGCACAGGCCUGGGAUGGUGAAGAGCAGAUUCUUAGGGGCCUCCUUUUUUAACUGCUGCAGCUCCCACUAUCAUGCUCAUGUAUAGCUCCUGCCUCUGCACCUCCCUGUUGCAUCCUGAGACCCCAUGAGGUCUCCUUAGCACUUCCUGUGAGCAUGUUCAGAGAGGGUGGAGCGUCAGGUCGGGUCCUGCUCUAGAAGUGAAAGGAUGGGUCAGCCAGCUUUCUCUGAGUUUGGAAUGGGUUGUCCACACUGAAGAGGUGGCAGCAUGAGGCCACAGGCUGCAGUGGGGGUCAUCUUCCUAGGCGUUCAGGCCUAGGGUGCAAAGCUGGUCCUGAGGGAGACUAGUCCACAGUCCGAACCUCUGGCUUCACUGCUGUGUGGUAUGGCUGCAUCAGGUAGGAGGCUCCUGUGUGUGGAUAGGGUGCAGCCAUUGUUUAUGGGGUGCUGCCCAAAGCCCCAGCCCAGCUGCUAGUCAGCCUGGAGAACUGUCUGUCCACUCAACAUCUCUACAAGCAGCACCCCCUGCCAGUGCACAAGGAACCCCAUCCUGUGGAGGGUGGAAUUUCUACCUUUGGAGGAUAAUGCAUGAGGCUUGUUCGUCUUGUUCUUGUUCAGUUAUUUGCUUCAGAUAGUUCUUCUCUGUGUAGCCUAGGUUGGCCACACUCAGGGCAAUCCUCCUGCUUCAGCACCCUGAGUUCUGGGUUUACAGUUAUUAGGUAGCACUGUACUGGUGGACUCUGACCCUGAGGACUUGUUGGGUGCCAAGGAGCCACAGUCAUAGGGGACAGAGGCACUGUGAGCCAUUGCUCCCUCAGCCCUGCCCUCCCCUAAGGUCAACUGCUGGAGAGUGUGGCUGCUGCCUGAUGCCCCUGGCAAUGCCAGCUGUGAAAGGGCACCUGUUUCUAGGUCACCUGGGCUCUGCAGAGCCUCUUGCGCUCCUUUAGAUCAUGUUCUUUAGGAUGGCAGAUGUUCGCAUUAGGACUUUUGGAAGAAGAGUUCAGUGUCAUCCACAGGGGCUCCUGGGACCAUUUGGGCUCCGUACAGCAGCUCCAGGCAGCCACAGAGGCGGCCUCACACUGGGACUGAGCAUCUCCUAAGCCCUCGGUACUUUUCCUGUUCUUCUUUUAGUGGAGUUCCAAGCCUGUUACAGAUGUGGGCUCUUUCAACUGUCACUUUCCACUUUUAUUAAAUGAAGUGUCGAUUCCGGGCAAUUACAAGUGUUCUGUUCCUAGAAGACUAGAAAAGGAAAUUCAGCGAGAGAGGGACGUGUCCGUUGGGCUGAUUCCUUCCCCAACCUCAUGAGUUUUGAAUUGUCUAAGAAAUUGCUCAGUAGUUAAGCCAUCUCCACAAUUGUCAGACUAGAGUGCACAGCUAACCCAGCCAAUCUCCAGUUCUUUCUAACUUAGAAGAUAACAGAAUUGUAACCACGGCCUCUGCAGGGCCACAGAAAGAGGGUGAAAUCUAUGGCCAAAGUGGGGCUUGGUGUGUUGAGGCUGCUUGGCCUCAACUGAGGCGGCUCAGCCCGGCGUAGGACUACAGAUGUCCCUCUGGAUGGGAACAAAGGUGCCAGGGCAGAGGACUGCCUCCUCCUGGGAUGUUCCUCGUUAAGCUUUGGUUUGCUAUGUUAGUCUGUCACCUUGCCCCCUGCAUGGUAAAUGGAGCCUCGUAGCAGUGCUGAGGUGACCUGGCACUGCGGACACUGGCCAUGCUCUGGUUGUUCUGCAACAUAAUCAUUGAUUCUGAGUGUUUACCCUGAUAACGGCUCUGGCAGGAGGGGAGCGCUUAUUAGCGGCCCUAGGCACUACAGUGCCCUGUGCUACCAAGUGGAGCACCCAAUGUUCAGGGUUCUGGAGUCACCAGGAGGGAGAGGAGUGGCUGGACUGGCCACAGGCUGCUGGAAUGCAUCCAGUGCUCCUCUGGAUGGGGCUUGGGCAUCCCUCGCACUGGGUGAACAAGAGGCCAUGAGCUUGUGUGAGCUGCACUUCACUUCCCUAGGGUAAGGAAGAACCCCCUCCCCACCCCCGCCAUCUGCUCCUCCCUGUCCCUUUCUUGUCCUUCACUUUGAAAGAUGUACAGGAAUAAUGCUUGUUCCAGAGUAAGCUUUCAGUCUAGUGGGCAGGCAGGGCAGGGCCUCCCUGGCAGAGCCACUUCUGACCUGGGUCUGUGGCACCACACAUUCCUCUUCUGUCCCCACCCUACCCCUGCUUUCCAGCCUCUGCCGCUAGAGGUCAAGCUGAGUGGGGCUUCUGGACAGAUAGUUCCUGCCCCCAACCAAGGACGUGAUCACCCCUGUAACUUGUGAUUAAUGUCUUCUCGGUGACAGUGGUACUUACGACUUUGGAGGUGGCAAAGCAGGGUUCCCUGCCCAUUCAGGAGACCAGCACAGUGUAUACGCCUGAAAAGUGGGGUACUAUCCGUGACUCCCAUGGGUUACAGCCAGAGACAAGGUAUGGUCAAAGCUGGGCUGGCGAUGUAGAGUCCCACAGCCCCUGGUGGCUGCUUCAGGCUCUGGGUCUCAGGAUGGCUUUCCAAACAUGGCCUGAGAGCUAGGUAGCUCCUUGUUAGACUGGCCUGGGGCUGAUGUCCCCAAGGCCACUUUAUACCUCCACAGCUGUCCCCAGUGCUUGGGAAAGCAAGGUGACUGUCUUGGGUUUUGCCUUUGGAGUGAGGGUGGGUGACAGCACCCCAUAGGUGGCAAUAGGCAGUGCCCGUAAGCCACUCUGACCAAAUUUGUGUGGACUGGAUUUUCCAGAGAAGACAAGCCACUUCCCCUCCAUGGCUACCAUUCCUGAGCCAGUGGAGAUUGCAAGUGCUGUCCCCAUACUCCUCCAAGGGUCUCUUGAAGGUUAGACAGGGGAUCAGGCUAGUCCUGGGCAUGGUUCUCUGAGGAAGUUCCCAUGGCAGUGUUUGGAUUGUGACCCUGAGGUGGUGUGGCAUCCUCACUUGGCAAGCUGUGUUGCGACCCUCAGUUCACUGUGUGUGCAAUGCCACUGUGGGCUCACUGCAGAAAUAAAGCACUACUUCUAUGCCCGA